AUGCCAAUCAGCGCGUUCAGGAGGAUCGUCUCGUGUCUACAGUGGAAAUGUGUCAUGGGUGAACAUCCCUUCGUCCACAACCCGAAUCACCAUGCCUACGCUGUGCAUAUAAGUGAUAUUGGCGGGCGCAGAGCGUAUGGGUUCAUUCCAUCCAUAAAAGCAUCCUCGCGUCUCAGAUCCGCCCGUUGGUCCUUCCUAGUGUUCUCUGCCUACACCAUCGGACCCGAACUCUCACCUUUCGCAUUCCUAUAUCGCCUCAAACAAUUCUACCCUCACGAAGUGACCAUGUGUGACGCCCAUAUCGCAGGCCGUAGGGGGGGAGAAAAACCUCAGAGCGACGCGAGCAGAUGCCAACCGUCCACUGGAGGUGCGUAAGCCGCCGUGCUCGCAGGACACGCAGGAGAUACCAUCCUGGAGCGAAGAGCAAGGCGAAGAUGCAGCUACGCAAGCAGCAAAGGGGUCAAUGAAGCACCCUCUCCACCGAGCACGUCAGCGGAGUCGUAGGCUCGCCAGCGAGAUUGUGCUUGGGAGUCUCGCUAGCGGUGUGUUCCACGCACAAUUAUUGACUGCUGACCACGCAGUAGGAGCAGAAAUGGGACCAAAUUGACA